UCUCUCUCUCGCUCCUCUCUGCAAAUCUCGGGGCAGAAAGGCCGUCGAAUCAGAGAUUGACAGGAGGAAGAGGGGAAGCGAGCGAGCGAGCGAGGCGCGAAUCGGGUCAGGCGAGAUGCUCGGGAAGCGGCAGAGGAGCCUGCUGAUGCGCCGGACGACCAGCAUGGCGUCCAUGCCGUCGGCGCCGAAGCAGGGGCGCCAGGAGGGCGGCGCCGCCGGGCCGUCUUCUUCUGUCUCUGCCGGCGCCGUGGGCGGGACGGGCCCCGCCGUUGGCGGCGCCCCUUCGCCGUGGAGGGCCGACGCCCGGAACCUCGCCGGGGUGAAGACGGCGGCGUUCCUCAUGGCCUGCGGCCUCUGCAGCAAGGACCUCGGCCCCGGCAAGGACACCUACAUAUACAGGGGCGAGGUGGCGUUCUGCAGCCACGAGUGCAGGGAGCGGCAGAUCGAGAAGGACGAGCUGAUGGAACAAAACUGCUCCCUGACGUCCAUCAGGGAGGCGCCACCCCCGUCCUCCGCCGCCGGACCCGACGGCGGGGACGCCGUGGCCGCCGCAUAGCCGGCAGCUGGAAAGUGCAAUUGGAAGAGCGCCGAUUCGAUCCAUUAGCUUGAUUAUUAUAGUACCAGUAGCUCCUCGCAGGCAUGUGCCGUGGGACAUGUUUGAUGUCUAAACCGUCCGUGUAUACAGCCAGCUUAGCUAGCUAGUCUUGGGAUCGAGUCCGCCUUGCAUGAACCGAUCGAAUUCGAACUGGGAUGUUUAGUCAGGGAAAACUUUGAUCUGCGACAUCGAAUUGCAUCGUGUUUUAAUCCCUUUUUUAUCU